AUGCGUUUCAUCACAGGUGGCGGUGGCGGUGGUGGCGGCGGAGGCGGGUCGGCGGCGCGGUCGUACGAGUCCAUGUCCACGGCUGACACCACGGACCUGCGCUACUGGCUGCACUGGCGGGUGGGGCUGUGCGGCCUCUGGGUGCUCGCCUGCAUGGCCGUCGCGGGCUACCUCAUCUGGCGCCACGAGGGCGCCGGCGCCGACCGGCGCCCCGGCGGCGCGUCGUCGUCGUCGUCGGCCUCGUCGGGCCCCGCCGGCGGCGAGCUGCAGGGCGGCGGCAAGGGAGGCGCCCCUGGGGUGCUGUACGACGACGAGGCGUGGCGGCCGUGCCUCCGGGACAUCCACCCGGCGUGGCUCCUCGCCUACAGGCUCAUCUCCUUCUUCGUCCUCCUCAGCCUGCUCGUCGUCAUUGUCAUCUCCGAUGGCGGCAGCAUCUUCUACUACUACACUCAGUGGACCUUCAUUCUGGUGACGAUUUACUUCGGGCUUGGCACAGCCCUGUCCAUCUAUGGCUGCAGCAAGUUCAAUGAUGAGAACAUCGCCGCAGUGGCAGCAGACAUGGAGCAUGGCACGAGCUACAUCCCUCAUGGCUUGGCUGCUAAACCGACCUUCGAUGAACACGAUGGUGCUAGAGAGAUUGCUGGGUUCUGGGGUUACCUGCUCCAGAUCAUCUAUCAGACAAAUGCAGGUGCCGUGAUGCUUACAGACUGUGUGUUUUGGUUCAUCAUUUUCCCAUUCCUCACCGUGAAGGACUACAAUCUCAACUUCUUGUUGAUAGGAAUGCAUUCAGUGAAUGCUGUUUUCUUGCUUGGUGAGGCAGCCCUGAAUAGCUUGAGGUUCCCUUGGUUCCGGAUCGCCUACUUCUUCCUUUGGACCGCGCUUUACGUCAUUUUCCAAUGGAUUGUUCAUGCAGCUACUCCAAUCUGGUGGCCUUACCCAUUCCUUGACUUGACAUCAAAUUUGGCACCUUUGUGGUACCUCGCGGUGGCGGUGCUGCAACUGCCGUGCUACGUGGUGUUCAGGCUGGUGAUCAAGCUGAAGCACCACCUGCUGGCCAAGUGGUUCCCGGUCUCGUAA